AUGCCUUCGAUCACACCGUCGCCACCUAAAAGGUAUGCGCCCUUGCCCCCUUUUAUUCUCUUGCCCUUUCCGCCUUGCUGGGAGAAGAUGUAUGUGUGUUCUGUUUUAGACAAUGGUGUUCAUGUAAGCGCGUUCACGCCAUGUUCCCAAGUACUAUGUUCUCUUUUAUUUCUGGAAUCGUGUCUAUUCGCACAAGUACUAUGCACACAGCAACACAUGGUCUAUACUGCUGCAAAUUGUUCUGCGUUAGCUUUGAAUCUGUUAGUGAAGUUGUUAUUGUAUGGUAACGGUGUACUUUUAUGGGCUGAUUAA